GCUCUUCCAGCUCGCUUGCUGCCCAUCUCAGUCCGUAAAUUAUACUUGCCUCCCCUUGCCCUCCCCGAAUUGAACACGCGCGAUGUCAACCCCCGAAACCGAAGCACAGCGCCGCCGCCGCCUCAGACAGGAGCGCAUUCUUAACCGUGGCACUGACCGUCUGUCGCGCAUCAAGGGCACGUUCUCGCAGGUCCAGGCAGAGUCAGACAAAAGCGAAAUGGCCAUUGUUGGCGGCCACGAGCUGCACGCGUCCUCGGCUGAGAGUUCGCCACAGCCCAGCACCAGACAGCCGCAGCAGCAGCAUGUAGCGGGGAUCUCGCUAGACAGCGCGACAGAGAACCCAAAGCCACGCCGUAGAGUCGGAAAUCUGGCGCGCAAGGCCGCGCAGGAGAAGCGCGAGAAGGCAGAAUCGGCCGGCAGUGCGGCAGAGUCUAAGCCUGCCAGCACCAGGGUGGAGAAGCGACCUGCGGUCAGCGUAGCAGAUAUCAACAGCGACGCCCUGCAUGAUUCAGCUGAUGCCACGAUCGCUGACCCUGGUGCCAACGCUUCCACUGGCCCCCAGGGUGCACUGGGCGGGCUACUGGUGCCACGGCAGUUCUCGAUGAUCGGCGCAUCCAGGGCAUUUGUGCGGCUGCUGCCAGUGGCGACCCUGUUUGUAUACGGCACCAUGCGCGAAUCCAGGCACGACAGAUUGCUAGGCGAGGACGCAGAGGCCACCAAUGCUAAAUGGUCCGGCCUGCUGAACACCCGGCCUGACAGCCAGAUGGCUGAGUGGUCUACAGGCGGCUACCUGCUGUGGUACUGAUGAUCCUGGAGAUUGGCAUCUUCAGCGCUUACGUGCUCCUGUCGGACCGGCCACCGCGCGUCGCGCGUCCAGCCAUUGCGCAGCUGCCUGGAAUCCCUGACUGGCCUUUUGUGGCGCUGUCUGCAGGCAACCGCAUUCUAGAGAGCGCAUCGCUGCUGCUUUUCUUGACUGCUAUCAACUGUAUCGUUUCGUAGAUGUCGCUUUUUUUAAAAUCAGGAUAUGUAUUUUCGAC